GAGGAGCAGCUGAUCGAUCAGCAGCAGCUGAUGAUCGGUCGUUGUUGGUCACAGAUGGAGGAUCCAGUCUCUCAACCCAAACUGGUUCUGGUCUUCUGCGGCAAACGGAAGUCCGGAAAGGAUUAUGUGACGGACCUGAUCCAGAACCGUUUAGGACGUGAUGUUUGCUGCGUCCUGCGUCUGUCUGGACCUCUGAAACAGGAGUACGCUCAGGAACACGGUCUGGACCUGGACCAAUUGCUGGGACCUGGUCUUUAUAAGGAGCAGUAUCGAGCCGACAUGAUUCGCUGGGGAGAAACACGGCGAUGCCAGGACCCCGGAUUUUUCUGUCGCCUAGCAACCAGAGGAACACGGCAACCUGUCUGGGUGGUGAGUGAUGCGCGGCGGCUCUCAGACCUUCAGUGGUUCUGGUCAGAGUUUCCUCGACAGGCUCAAAGUGUCAGAGUUCAAAGUUCAGAAGAAACACGCAAACAGAGGGGGUGGAGUUUCUCCGCAGGUGUGGAUGAUGCAGAGUCAGAGUGCGGGUUGGACAGCGGGGUUGAAUUUGAUUGGAUCAUCACUAACGAGGCCGACGCCCCCUCGUUAGAGGAGCAGCUACAGCCAAUCCUGAAGCUGGCUGAGGAAGCAGCUUCAUCAUCACUCUGAUAAUCACUGAUCAAUAACUUUAUUGCUAACUGCAGAUCGUUCAGUAACAGCAGCAGGUCUGUGGAGCUGAUCACCGUUUUCUCUCUUUUUUGAGUCUGCAGCCAAACAACGUAUAUCACUAAGAAGUGAAAGUCAAUAGUUUGUUCCAUGUCAACAUCAGCUCCCAGCAGCAGAGCUACGCUUCCGCCAUUUUGGACUGGAAGACACUACCAGACGCCAGUAAAAACGUCCGCCUACAAAGAGACGUACGGAAGCAAAACUAAAUUUCUAUUCUAUUGUCAUAUUCUACUGAAAUGUCCUGUAUUGAACAAUAAAAUAUUAUAAAUAUAAUAAGGGUUUUCAGUCCAAAAUGGCAUCAGCGACUUGUCAAGAAAAACACAGCAGUUUUGUCUCUUUGCUUCGAUACUCUUUGCUGCAGCUCCGUCACUCUCAGGUUGUUUACAUCAUCACUCAGAGCAAAGACUGAUGGGAGAUUCUCACCUGUAAAAAGUCACCUGUCAGCCACUCUAUAAUAAUACAUGACGAUCUGUUGAUUAAUGAACUGAAACUAUAAGUA